CGUAGGGUCAACAACGACCACAAACCUGCCAAUGCACCUCUCAAUCCCCUCCAACUGUCUCCCAGACCACACACAUACCACCCGCCCACCAUGACCAAGAUCUUCCUCACCGGCGCAACCGGCUACAUCGGCGGUGACGCCCUCUACGCCCUCACCUCGAAAUACCCCUCCUACAGCAUCUCCGCCCUCGUCCGCUCCCCCGAGAAGGCCGAGCAGGUGCAGGCUCAAUACCCAUCCGUCCGCGUCGUGGUGGGCGAUCUGGACGACUCCGCCCUUCUCGAGAAGGAAAGCGCCGACGCGGAUAUCGUUCUGCACACCGCCGACGCCUCCGACCACGUCGGCGCCGCUAAAGCCAUCGCCGCCGGUCUGGCGAGGGGCCACUCCGCCGCCAACCCGGGCUACUGGCUGCACACGAGCGGGACGGGCAUCCUGAUGUUCAAGGAUUUGGACCAGAAUCGAUUUGGCGAGUACGAUGAGAAGGUGUACGACGACUGGGAGAACGUGGAUGAGCUGUUGAAUCUGCCCGAUCAUGCGUUCCAUCGGAAUGUCGAUCGUCUGGUCCUGGAGACCGCCAAGAGGGAGGAGGGUGUCGUCAAGACGGCGUUGGUUUGUCCGCCUACAAUUUAUGGCCGCGGCCGAGGUCCCGUCUCACAACGCGGACGCCAAGUCUACCAACUCGCCAAAGCGACCCUGCAACUGCAAAAAGGCCCGAUCAUCGGACCAGGGAGAUCGAUCUGGAACAACAUCCACAUCCACGACCUCAGCGACCUGUACGUGCUGCUGGUCGAGGCGGCGGUGGGCGGGACCGGGACCAGGACCGGGACCGAGACCGACGACCGCGAGAUCUGGGGCGAGCGGGCGUACUACCUCACCGAGAACGGCGAGCACGCGUGGGGCGAGCUGGCGCGGGCCACCGCGAAGACGGCCGCCGAGCUGGGGCUGAUCCCCGAGGCCAAGGCGGAGGAGAUCGGCCUGGAGGAGGCGCAGAAGUAUGGGGGCGGUGAGGCGGUGACCUGGGGGUUGAAUUCGCGAGGGCGCGCAAGGAGGGCGGCGAAGGUGGUCGGGUGGGUGCCCUCCAGGCCGAGUCUGGAGGCGUCGUUGGUGGAGGUGGUGGAGGGGGAGGCGGCGAGGUUGAAGUAG